AUGAAUGCUGUGUGUGAAGUGUGUGGAGCUAUUGGUUUUGAACGUCUCCUGUUAUGUUGCAGUGACUGCAAGGGAGCUCAUACACACCAGUACUGUUUGAAAGAAGUUGUCCUUGAUGCAUCUUUAGAAGACUGGUUUUGUGAUGAAUGCAAUCAAAGGCAUAAUGAAAGUUCUCACAGCAGUUCUUUAGGGAAGGUGUCAAGUGAAAGGCCAUCAAAUCAUGCUCAAUUGGACUCCAUAUCACAGCAGCUAAUUACCAGGUCGUGGAGUGGCUCGCGUCACUCCAGCAGCGUCAAGGCUGCCACCAAGAUGUCGAUGUCCCAUCCCACUGCUGGGAUCCCUGCAGCGAACGAGGGUGGCAUGCGCUCCUCCCUGGCCCGGGAUUCCUACAUCGGGGACUUCUUCGACCCCAUCGCUUCCGAGCCUCGGUUUGAGCCUGCCCAUGAGCGAUGGGAUCCCAUGCGCUCAGAGGGGCUGGUCGUCCUCGUGAAGUCUCCGGGAGUGGGGGCCUCGGUUGGUGCUGACUGGUUUGACGACAUCUCUUGCAAGCCGUGCUCCCCGCCCGGGCCUUCACUUGGGCUGUUGGGAUCACUUCUUGGAAGUGAUCAAGGCCUGUUCGAUGGCGGUGCCCUAUGCAGGCCACGACGCUGGCCAUCUCCUUCGGUUCAAAGGUCGAGCAAUUCACCUGGUGGGCGGUCUAGCUCGUGUUUGGGUCUUGAUGAGAUGGACGGGUCCUCUAAGACUGUCGUGCUUGUGGUGUCACAAGGCGUGGCACCGGGCACGGACUCGGACUCAGCAGGCCCAAGAACGGACGCCCAGGAUGUAAGGGCGUCAUCGGAGGUCGCGCUACCAGGUUCCCCUUCAGCCCUCACCCGAGAGUUCGCAAGGCGCGUCACGACACCGUUGCAAAUCCCGGUCCUCAAGGCCCCGCCUCGACGUCGGUCUUGCCGCUCACCACCAUCGGCUUCCCGUCAUCGCAGCGGCCGUCUCGCGGCCAAAUCCCACUUGCGUGCUGCGAACGCCACCCUCCAGGCGCAGAAGGUGCUCUUGUCGAAGUGGGAUCCCGCAAUCCCCAAGCAGCAUCUGGCUCCUCAGGCGUUGAACGCUUUCCACAGGAGCCGCUUGACUUGUCCAAGAGGCAAGCACUGCGGGUCACGAUUUACCACUGGAAUGAAUUUUGCUGCUCCUGCACCCCCUCAAUCUCCUGCCACUGGAAUCACUCAGGUGCAUAAACUCCCUAAUCCUAGUUUGGGUCUUUGCAUCUCCCAGUAUGAAAGGACCUUGGUCCCACUGGGAGAAAAGCCUUGGCUCCAAUUAGGUGUCAAGAUUUCCGUUCAGCGUGUAGUCUCGAAGCGGAGACUGGAGCCUUGGCUAACUUUCAAAAGAUGUUGCCGAUUCUUGAGAGUUGAGAAGGAUCUGAUGGCUAUGACUGAGAAAGCUGCCCAGAAUGAUGCUCUCAAGGUUAAGGUUGAGGCUCUCCAAGGGCAACUCGACGUGAAAAAAUCACUGGCCCUCUUGAAAGAAAGAAUGGCCUCUGCUGAAGCCAAGCAUAACAAUACGAAGAUCCAAUGUGAAUCUCUCAAGAGCCAGGCCAAGGAGAUUCCCGUGCUUAGAUCUGAAGACCCAAGUCGAGCACAGCACUCUGAAGACCCAAUGUCAAGCUCUCCAGAGCCAGCUUUUGAAGUCAAGCAGGAUAAAAUGAUCCGGGAUAAGUCUGCGCAGGAUUCUGAAAUUGAAACUUUUCAUGCCGAGCUGAAGAAAUUCAAAAGCCAGGUGGAGUCCUACAAGAGCCAGCUGAAGGCUGCUAAGCUUCAGAAGAAGGCAGCAGAGAAAACUAAAGACUUCCAAAGAGAAAGCCAAAUGCCACCUGAUCGAUACUCUCACUUCCUGUUCAGGCUCCCUUUUGGCGCUUGUUCAGUCUGCCAAUCCAGAUUUCGACCCCUCCAGCAUCGACUGGGCCUUCCGUCGUACAGAUCCUGA